GCUGUUAUGAUGGGCGCGUGGGGCGCUUUGCCCUCACUAGCCGGCGGAGUUGAGAAUUACGCCACGAUUCUCGUGUUUCUCCUCCUUUAUUUUCUACAUGGCACACGAAACGAGUUGUUUGUAGCUUUUAACGGCUAAAAUGAGCAUUCCUUUUCUCAUUUGGACGUUUUUAAGGAAUAGUAUUUGGAAACUGAACUGAGCAGCACUCGCCCUCCUGUGGAUGCACGCAGUAUUACACAAACAGCGUUUAACUUGUUUUCUGUUUUACCUUUCGUCGUUUUUAAGGCGAGCGUAUCGAUUAUUUCCAUCGCGACCGACUCCGGUGUGUCGCUUUUGUUCAGUUUUGCAGCCGGUGUGGUUUCUCAGCUGAACUCGGGGCGUAAAGCGCGAGGCUGUUGUGGAGUUCAGCCGCUGACUGAGCGCGUCUGAACUUCAGUCGGUUUGAAUCAGGCUGGAAAAGUGAGGAGCGAGCGUGAGGUGCGUGCGUGCGCGUGGUUUCCUUGGCUGCGCGCGCUUGGCGCCCGCGCAAACGACCGCUGAAGCGGUGAGAGAAGCACCGCGCGCCCAGCUGCAAUGGCUCCACGUGAGACGCGCCGGGGGAACGAGAGCGGGCGCGUGAAGGUGUCUUCCGUCGUCUUCUGAAGCGGAGAGUGAUGGCGUGCACCAGGAGAGUCAAAACUUUGGUGUCGACGUGCGUGAUCUUAAGCGGCAUGACCAACAUCGCGUGCCUGCUCUACGCCGGAUGGAUCACGCGCUUCGUCUCCAACGGGAGCGCCAAAGUCCCGGAGAGAAAGUUGGAGGACGAUACCGGAGAGACGCUGCGGAUCCUGGAAAGGCUGGACAGGCUGGAGAACGUGGUCAAGCAGCACAUCCAAGAGAUGCCCCUGAAGGAUGGGGAGGACACAGCGGGCCUCUCACUCUCUGAUUCUCGUCUGUUCGCCCGCUGGGGUCAUGACCUGGGCCCGGAGAGCCGCCGGGUGGCCCUGCAGAAGUUCCAAUAUUACGGUUAUAAUGGAUACCUCAGUGACCGCCUCUCUCUAGACAGAGCCAUUCCUGAUCUCAGACCAGAUGGGUGCAGAAACAUCUCCUACCACGCCAACCUUCCCCAAGUCAGCAUCAUCUUCAUCUUUGUGAACGAGGCCUUGUCCGUUAUCCUGAGGUCCAUUCACUCGGCCAUGCGCAGGACCCCCUCCCACCUCCUGAAAGAGAUCAUCCUGGUUGACGACAACAGCAACAAUGAUGAGCUGAGGGAGAAUCUGCAGAGGUUUGUUGAGGAGACUAAUCAGCGCCAUCCUGACUUCAUUAAGGUGGUCCGCCACACCAGGCAGGAAGGCCUAAUCCGGGCCCGUGUGAGUGGCUGGAGGGCUGCAUCCGCACCUGUAGUGGCCCUGUUUGAUGCCCAUGUGGAGUUUAAUGUGGGGUGGGCUGAGCCGAUCCUGCACAGGAUCCAGGAGGACCGGACGCGGGUCAUCUCGCCUUCCUUCGACAACAUCAAAUUCGACACAUUUGAGGUGGAGGAGUAUCCUCUGUCAGCGCAAGGAUUUGACUGGGAGCUGUGGUGUCGAUACCUAAAUCCACCCAAAUCCUGGUGGACCCAGAAGAACCACACUGCACCCAUCAGGAGCCCAGCCCUGAUUGGCUGCUUUGUGGUGGACCGAGAGUACUUCCAGGAGAUUGGUCUGCUGGAUGAAGGCAUGGAGGUCUAUGGAGGAGAGAACGUGGAGCUGGGAAUCAGGGUGUGGCUGUGUGGGGGCAGUGUGGAGGUUCUCCCCUGUUCCAGAAUAGCCCACAUUGAGCGUGCUCACAAGCCCUACACUCAAGACCUGCCAACCCAUGUGCGCAGAAAUGCUCUGCGAGUAGCCGAGGUGUGGAUGGACGAGUUCAAGGACCACGUCUACAUGGCCUGGAACAUUCCACUACAGGACUCGGGGAUCGAUAUCGGAGAUAUCAGAGAGAGAAAGCUCCUGAGGCAGCGCUUGCACUGUAAGCCCUUUCGCUGGUUCCUACACAACAUUUACUCGGAAAUGAGAACAUACGCCGACACCAUCGCCUAUGGCACGCUGAAGAAUGGCUUGCGGUCGGAUCUGUGCGUGGAUCAGGGACCAGACACAGACAACAUCCCCAUCCUGUACCUCUGCCAUGGCAUGACGCCGCAGAACGUGUACUACACCAGCUCCCAGCAGUUGCGUGUGGGUGUGUUGAGUCCGACCAUUGAUGAUGAUGACAAUAAGUGCCUGGUGGAUGUGAAUGGACGCCCGCGGCUUCUGGAGUGCAGCUACGCUGGAAACAAGCACAUGAAACUCUCCUGGACGUUUACUCAGGGAGGUUCCAUCCAGAACAGAGAGUCUAAGCAUUGUCUCGAGUUGGUCCAGAAAAGUGAUACGGAGGUCGGCUACCAGCUCGCCCUGCAGAAGUGCACUGACCAAAAAUGGACAAUUACAAACAUACUGGCUGGCAACAUUCUCUGAGGAUGAUGCUGCAUAUGGCACUUGAUAUCCGGCACUGGACACUUCAUCCCUCUGCAUACGAAGGCUGCGUGUAGACAGCAAUAUCAUUACUUUCUUCUUAAAUCCAGUGUGAACCGGGUGAGUGUCUUCAAUGCUGAACAGUAAAAGGUUCAUGAAACGAGCUCUUCAGCUGCGUAACUGGCAUUCCCACAAGGACGAGGGUAAUCACACAAGAAAGACAGAAAAACUGAUCUCAUUUGAGCUUCAUGUCCUGCUGUCUAGACACAGCCAUGGUGAGUGUUCUCUAUGGGAGAUUAGCACACUGAAAAUCUGAUGCAUUGAAUUUACUUGACUCAAAUGUGUACAUCAUUAUCACAGAAUAUAUCACAUCAACACAACUUUGUCUCUCACUUUGUUUUGCCUGUAUAUGUGCUGAUGUGAUAUAUUUCAUAUAUGAGGAAAAGAUGAACACCUUUAAAUCAAUUAAGGUCCAAUUGUCUGAGACCCCAAGUCAGAAAUAAGCAGAACGUUUUAGAACUUUGAGAUUUAAGACAAGAAGACCAGACUUGUUGAAGUUUCUGCACUAUUUCUAGGAUGCUGUUCAAAUUAAAGCACAUUUGUGAUGCCAUGUUGGUCUUUGCACAAAAAAUGUCAUUUAAGCAAAUACCAAAUACUAAUGAAUUCACACACAUGUCUUCUAAACCGCUUCUCCUUCUGGGUCGUGUGGGGAGCUGGAGCCUAUCCCAGCUGUCAUCGCGCAGAAGGCAGGAUACACCCUGGAUAGGUCGCCAGUCCAUCACAGGCCAGACAGACAGACAUACACAUUCACUCACACCCAGCGACACUUAAGCAUGUCCAAUCGGUCUGACUUCAUGUUUUUGUACUGUGGGGGGAAACCGGAGAACCCGGAAGAAACCCACGCAGACACGGGGAGAACAUGCAAACUCCACACAGAAAGGACCCUGGUUCCCCCGGCCAGGGAAUUGAACCCAGACCCUUCUUGCUGUGAGGUGAUGGCGCUGCUACUAGUGAAUUCAUGUAAAUAUAAAUAUAAUAAAGAUUCUGCAUUUCACUCAAAUCGUUAUGCCCAUAAUAUAAUUUGUAAUAAAAAAAUUUGAAAAGAAAGCAAAAUAGAAGCAUUUUCACUCUCAGACUUCUGGACCCUACUGUAUAUCCAGUGCAUCAUUUCUUCAGUGUACAGUUUUAUACUACUGAAUUUAAUAAGCACCCUGAUGUCUUUCUCCCUCUCCCAAAGACAUCAUGAAAUAAAAUAUGAAAAAUCUGUUUUAUACAGAACUAAUUUAGAGCAAGUAGUGGUUGUUCAGUUUCAGAGGUUUGAAUUGCUUGAAUGUAUUUGAUUGUCUGUCAUACGGCUGUAUUUGGUUGAGUGUUUUUGCUACUAUGUAGCAUCAGAUUGCAACAUCUUCAUUCUCACCUUUUUCCCUCUCAUGUCUCAGGUUUGUGGCUGAUGCAUAUUCUACGAUUAAGUUACUGUUUUUGACAAGCUUGUGUCACAGAAUGAUAUUUUAUAAAUGUAAAUAGUAUUUAUAAGGAAUUUAAUAAAAAUGUUGGAAGAGGAAAAUGUGUUAUUUACUGCAGCUUGUACUGGCCACUUUAUUGGAAACUCCUACCUUUGCUUGUGCCUUUGCUUUAACCUUUAGUCUUUCAUCAGGGUCAGUUUCUGACCACAGACCUAUUGUUGGAUGGAUAUUUUAGGAUGGUGGACCACUCUUAGUUUAGCAGUAGCACUGUCCAUCACUGUCUAAUGCCUCUAGAAUGGCCCACCAUACAAAUAAUAUCUGCACAGUGGUGGUCCUAUGGUGGACCCUUUCCAUUGAUAGAUAAGGUAGAGGGGGUCUGACAAAUUGUCCAUUUACAAAGUGCAACUAUAUUGUAGGUGUUUCUGAUUAAAUGACCAGUUAAUGUUGGUGCAAAGUAGGUGUUUUCACUAAACUGGCCAGUGUAUAUUGUUAAAGUUUGCUAGGUUGCUUAUUUACAUGUUUGUACAGGAAACCAUUCCUGUAAGGAUCUUGUUUGGCUCAUUGAAGCAGCUUUAUGUUAGACAGAGACUAAAGAUGCUCCUUAGUGAUGCAGAAAAGUCAUUUUCUGCUUAGUGAAAAGCGCAGGCCCUCACAGCUCACCGCUCUCGCACGCUGGGGACAAAACCCUCUACAUUAAUCAAAAGCUGCUGAUGGCUCGUAUACCUAACUCCCCCAAACCCAUCCUAGCAUAAAGAUCAUUAGAAGAUGGUGGAGCAGAAAUGACGUUCGGUGCUCUCACUAAAAGUUAAGAUGAGUUUAAUGCUACAGUGCUUUGGGGAGAAUGAGCUCAGAACAUUUAACCCACCCCACCACCCCCCCGUCUCCUGCAGAAUCACCUCAUACAAAAUGAAUGAACUCUUGAGUAAUGAGAGAGCAGAGGUGCUCCUUUAGGAGAUCAUGUAUGUAGAAAAAAAAAGAACUCCAUGCACUCAAAGAAAGACAAAUGCACUGAAUUUACUUGCAUACAUUACCACCUUAAAUCAUUAAUGCCCACAUCUGAACAUUGUAAUUCAAUUCAAUCAAGCCAUAAUAUGGCUUAAAAGUGAGCAUUUAUCACUUUAUUAUGAUGUUAACCCAGUACUGCACACAUUAUGCGAGCAAAUGGUUUUAUGAAAAGAAAUGGUACAGAGCUGUGUUCCCUGAAGUAGUGAGACCUGACUUGGGACAGGCUAAAUCCAUUCCACUGUCACAGUGUUGCUUCUAGGCAACAUAUUUCUGCAAAUUCUUAUAAUGAAAAAAAAAUGACACUGAAUGUUAAAUGUGCCAAACAGAGAGACAUUAUGACAAAAUACAUGCUUUUUAUUGACUUACUCAAACUCUACCCUUUAUUUUUAACCCUAUCAUUGUCUUUAAAUAUGUUUAAUGUUGUUGUAAAGUGAGGAAAAUUAGUUCCUCGGGGCAACAUCGUGCUAUAGAGGGUUAAAUCUAGAGAGAUAUAGGUACUGUUAGAUGUGCAUCCAAGUAUAGUGCAGUUCAGUUGUUGAACAUGAAUGAGUUAAUAAACUAUAUUGCAUCAACA